UCUUGCACACCCGCCGAGCUCUACCAUCUACUGCAGCUCUCUCCCCCUCUCUCUCCCUACUACUACUACCAGAGCAUCUUCCCACACAUCCUCUCUACAAGCAUGGCGUCUGUGGCGGUUGCUAGGUUUGGUGGCGCGUUGAGGUCGGGAGCCGCCGUGCGGACCUUGCGCACGUUCACGGGGCCUUCUCCGUCUCUCCCAAGAGCGGGGUGGCUCGCGGCGGGCGCGGGGAACAAGCGCUGCAUGUCGACGGUCUACGCGGAGUCCCACGAGUACCUCACAGUGGAUGGGGACACCGCGAAGGUGGGCAUCACGGCCUUCGCCGCCAAGGCUCUGGGAGACGUGGUUUUCGUAGAUCUUCCCGAAGUGGGCGACGAGUUCGAGGCAGGGGAUUCGUUCGGGUCGGUGGAGUCGGUGAAGGCUGCCAGCGACGUGUACGCUCCGGCCAGUGGGGAGGUGCUGGAGGUUAACGAGGCGUUGACGGAGAGUCCUGGCAUCCUGAACGAAGACCCCAUGGGCCAGGGCUGGUUCAUCAAGAUCAAAAUGACGGAGCCCGCCCCCGACACGCUUAUGGACCCCGAGGCCUACAAGGCUCACUGCGAGAACUCUGCGUAGACAAGAGCUGUCAUAGGGGUGUCACGAACCACGAAGCAAGUGACAAAAUAAUGCGUUAAUAAAGGCACUGCUCAAGGGCAAUCGUAGGGACGGAGUAGAAAGCGCGAUUUCUUUUUCAGGCAUCGCGUCUUGACUUGGUGCGGUGCUGCUGUCGGAGAAGCCAAUUAAGGCAAGCCUGUGUACGUCCCCGCAGGGGUGAAAGAGGCAACAUGUGUAUAUUGCUUCGAAAGACGUGAGUGUAGAGAAGUUGGUUGUGGGCCUUCGGAAUUUCGAAGUACUUCGAAACAGCAUUUGUUGAAACAUUGAACGUCGCGCACAAAGCCCGUGUAGGUAACAAAAGCCCCAACGCCCAUCAACAUCGAUGUGUCGUAGUGAUUGAUUUCUGACCCUCGGGUGCCCAGAUGUUUGCCUGUUUGUAGUGGAAAGUGAUGUAUCUUCCAAGGUAUCGCUCGCGCUGAAGCAUACGUCUACGGCUACGCCGAAGCAGUUGUUAAGGAAAGUCGUUGCUGAUAUGGCAAUUUUUCGGUGUGCCGGUGGUGGAAGGACAACAUUUUUUUUUAGAAUGGUUCCAGCGCGUUGAACACUUCAGAAACUGAAGCGUCGCUCUCUCAUUGCAUUUUUCAUCUUGCGGAACGUCUGUCCUCUCAUGGGAUAUUGGCUACCCGCAUCUUGGAUGAGGGCAUGGCGUUCUUUUACCGCCAAGGUAUUUCUAGGCGUGCGCCUCCAGUGGCCGGACGCGGGACCGUUGAAUACCGUUCGCUCAAUGGGUUUCAUGAUCUGUGGCCGAGGCCGGGAAGUUUACCAGAAUGAAUCGCUGACGUUUCACGCAAGCUAAACCUGAAACGCCGGCGGUCACUGUUGUUCAAGUCGGAGGAGAAACCUCAGCCGAAGAGGAUCGUCCUACGGCUCUAUUGUUCGUGUCAUGUGUAGGACUCGUGGGCACACAUUUCAGGUUUACUUCUUCUCCUGGGGGUCCCGGGUUUUGGCGUCAUGAGACUUCAUGAACUGAGCUUUCUUAUGAAAUGGUCACGUAAUCGAAAACUAAGUUGGUCGUCCAAAAUCGUAAGAAACGGGGCCGGAUGUCAACGAUCGACGGCAUUCAUUCCAGGAUUGUUUUUUUUCGUGGAAAAAAACGUUUCACGGUGCGUGGGACACGCAUCACGGGCUCUGGUAUGCUCCUCUGAAUGACGUCUUGCCUGCAAUGAGUUCGUUUCUCUCACGAGAGCUACGUAUUUACCCGGUGCUUUUUACCGCCCAAACCGGAGAGUGCCAGGCGUGCGAAUCUCGCUGCUUGAGAAUCUCUUUGUUGACUGCCACGUAUGUUGGAGACGAGUCUCGCGAAGUAGCGUCUGUCGUUUGGCUUCGCCCCUACUCACUAGAGGCACUCCAGGAUGAGGGCUGUCGAUGGAUAGUAAUGACGUAUUCCGCCAUACAACGAC